UUUUUUUUUUCCUUUUCCUUUUUUUUUCUUUUUUUUUUCUCUUUUCCUUAACCUUUUUUUUUUAUCAAAAAUAGAUCUAUCAUCAUUUUAAGAAAUAUGCUUAAUUCACAAAGAAAUAAUAAUGUUAAUAUUCGAUAUAUUUCUUAUCCAAGACAAGUAACAGAACUUCCUCAUCAUCAUCAUCCUAAUCAUCGGUAUAUAUCAUCAAAUAAUAAUACAAACAAUGUUUUACAUCGAUCAGAUACAAUUACUUCAUCAAGACAAAAUUCAUCUUCAUCAAAUCAAAUUACAAGACUUGUUAGAAGAUUAGUUAAUAGAAAUUCAUCAGGUUCAAAUAAUUCUUCUAAUUCAAGAUCUUUAUUAUCAAGAACACAAUCAACGAGAUCACAAGUGACAACAAAUACACCCGCAAGAUCAUCCACUGCAUUUUCUUCAUCUUCAUCAAAUGUUACUUCAUCAGAAUCAGAUCCUUUUCCAUUUCAUAAUCCUUGGUCAAAUCCAUCAUCAUCAUCAUCAUCAUCAUCAUCAGUAAAUCAUGUUAAUCAUAAUUUUAUUCAACAAGAUUAUUCAUCUGAAUCUACACGUAAUAUUCAACCUUUAAAUACUUCUCGAUCUUCUCGAUCUUCUUUACAUUCUUCACAUUCUUCACAUCAAUUACGUUCUACUCGAACUUCAACUUCAACUCCAACUCCACCUCCACGACCUCCUAGACCUCCUCCACCUGUUUCUUCAAAUAUAAAUGCAAUUCGUGAUUAUUUUAACAUAAUUCCAUUAUUUCAUGAUUCAACUCAUUUACCACGUUCUUCAACAAGAAGACGUUUAUCAAAUUCAUCUUAUCAUUCAAUAGAUCAGUAUUCUAAUAAUAAUAAUUCAUCUAAUGAUAUUAUAGAAAGUAAUUUUCAUGAUCCAUUUAAUCAUCGUAGAUAUCUCAUACAAAAUCAUUCUUCACGUGAGGCAUUUUGUUUUUUAUCAAAAUUAUCAUCUAAUUUAAAUGAUGAUAAUGAUGAAAGUGAAGAUGAUUAUUCUUCUUUUUCAGAAACUAGAUCUAAUUAUGAAUUUGAAUAUGAACAAGAAGAAGUAAAACAAGAAAAACAAAAAGUUGAUGAAUGUUAUUUAUGUUUAGAAUCUUUGGAAUUAAGAGGUGGUAGAAUGAUUAUAAAUCCUGGUUGUGGUCAUUUAUUACACAUGAAAUGUUAUUUAGAAUAUAUAAAAUAUUUUAAAGAACAAUGUACUUUGUGUAAAAAAGAUUUUGGUAGUUGGAAUGAUUGAUUAAUUUAGAUAUAACAAUUAGAAUAGUUAAGGAAAUAUUGAUUAGAUGAAAAAGAGAGAGAAAGAUUUCGUGUCAUUGUUUUUUUUUUCUUUGUUGUUUUUACAAUUUUAUAAUAAUAAUGACUGGUUCAUUAAUAAAAAAAGAAAAAUUAUACACCUGCAUUUUGUUACUU